AAAAUCACUCCUUUCUACGAUUCGCGUGUUGCUGCUUCGAGAUUGAAUUCGAGUCAGUCGUAUCUGAUCACUCUCAUUAGAAACAGAACUCGACAGAACCACUCUAACACACAGAUACGGAGUCUAACCCUCGAGUCUUGUCGAGAUAGUGAAUCCAAGUCCGACGAGCUGCAGAAAUCAGAAAUGGGCUAAAACUGUCUAUACGAUCAUUAGAGAGAGAGACGGAGAUGGCAGCAAACUCUGUUAUUUGAUUUCCCCUCGUUUAACUUCGCGGAUCCUCUGUUUUUCAGAGAACUGUUGUCAUUACAGAACAACAACGUUAUGUUUUCUCUCUGGUUCUUCCGUUGGCUUUGCUCCACCUUUGAUUACAAACCUGAUUAUGUGUCUCUAAGCCUUCUCUUUGGUUCCCUUUUGGAUGCAAGAGCUGUAAAAGCUGCGAAAGGCUUUCUAGAUUCAACCGGUUUUAACCCGGAGGUAACGUUGCUGGAGAGAUACGUGAAGUGUCUUUGCAAAGAUGGGUUGGUUGAUGAAGGUAUCAAAGUGUGUACUCUACUAAAAGAGAAGAAACUCGAUCGCUUCUGGAGCUUUAUCACCAGUGAAUGGCGGAAUCUGAGUUUGAUAUUGUGAGGAUAAAGUGUUUGAUUCAAGCUCUGUGUGAAGGUGAGGAGGUUUCACAAGCCUACGAGCUUCUCAAGAAGAGUUUGAAACAAGACACGCUGUGUAUCCCCAAUUGAUGUCUAUCUGGCUACUGUAAGAUUGGGAGCAACGCUUCUAUGUCGGAGACUCUUCACACCAUGAUUGCCUGGAACCAUCUCCCGACUAUUUACACCUACCAGGAGGUUAUAAAAGGGUUGUGUUGGAAAGAGAAGCAUCGCCAGGCGUUUUGUGUAUUCAACGAUCUCAAAGAGAGAGGCUACGCACCUGCACCACGAUGAUCCACGGGCGAGUUCACUUACAGUGUGAUGGUACAUGCGCACUUGGAAAGAGGCGAAGUUGUGCUUGCUAAGGAACUUUACGGGGAGAUGAUUAGGAAUGGGUUUGGAUAAACGACGGUCAGCUGUAAUACAAUGAUCACGGGGCUGUGCUCGUAUGGAAGAGCUGAUCAGGCUUUGGAGGUUUUCAAGAGAAUGUGUGAAACUGGAGUGGCGCGGGACGCAAUCACGUAUAACGCUUUGGUUCAAGGGUUUUGCAAGGAGAGCAAAGUUGAGAGAGGGAUUAGUCUGUUUAACGAGCUCAAGGCUUUUAGGUGUGAAGCCUUCUGAUAGGACUUACGCUGCACUCCGGAAGAUGAGGAAUCUGAAGAUGUCUGAUUCUGUUGCAGCUUCCUUAAACGAGAUUCUGGAGAGUGCGUGAAAGAAACUAAUUUUGUUGAGUGUCUUGUGUGAGUUCACAAAACUAGUUUAGAGUGUAAUGUCUAUAAAGCAGUAUUGAAUUAGUUCUAAGAAUACCUUUGCUGGAGGACAAGUUGUGAAGAAGUUCAAGUAACUUCUCAUGGUUUCUUGCUAAAAUGAUCUUCACUUCUUGC